CUGAAUCCACUCUGAGAACUCCUCGCAAGCGUGCUUUGCUCUUUCUCGUUCACCAUUUCGAUUGUUGUGUCUCCUUAGUUUUCGUUAUUGAAGAGCGUGAACGGAGUUUGACCUCAGAAGGCUACAGAGUGAUCGGAGUUGCAGCGAUGGAGACGAAGAAACUUCACGGCAGCAGCAACAACAAAGACAAGAAGCUGAAACGAAAAGAGGUGCUAGAGAAGAAGAGAGUUAUUGAUGAAAUUAUAAAAUCUGCGUAUGCUGAGAAGGAUCAUCUGGUUUCAUUUCAACCCUUUCGGCAGUAUGAUCGAAACGGUCUGUCUGUAUACUUGGAAUCAGGAUCCGGGGAGCACCUAUCCUCACACAUGAAGCGAUAUAUUCAAAACCUUCUUAAGGUCAAUAUGGAGGGACCAUAUGGACCAGAAUGGCCUACGGAAGAGAAGGUAAAACGCAGGGAAAUGGUUGCUCCAGAGGCAUGCUAUAUUUUUGUGCGAGCUCCAAAUGUGUGUGCUAGUGAGAUACCUCGAAGAGGAGAUAUGGGAGUAACUAGUACCCAUUAUAUAGGGGAGGGGGACCCUGUUGUAGGUUUUGUACAAUACCGCUUUAUUGUGGAGGAGGAAGUACCUGUUCUUUAUGUUUUUGAACUGCAGCUGGAGCCUCAGGUGCAAGGGAGGGGGUUAGGGAAGUUUUUAAUGCAACUGAUUGAGCUAAUUGCUCGCAAGAACCACAUGGGUGCUGUGAUGUUAACUGUACAAAAGGCAAAUUCUUUAGCUAUGAAUUUCUACAUGAGUAAGCUAAGAUAUAUUAUCUCAACAAUUUCACCAUCAAGAGUUGAUCCACUGAUUGGAGCUGAAAAGAGUUAUGAGAUUCUUUGUAAAGCAUUUGAUCAUGAAGCCAAAGCCAAAUUAGAGGAUUAACAGGCUAAUGGUUAAUCACACCCAGAAAAGCGACUGUUUUGGAGAAUAACGAUUAUUCUGCUUAAUCUUGGAGUUUCACAAGGCUUGCUUUUCACAAUACUACUUGAUUAUAUCAACAUGGGGCAACUGCUGGUGGUAGUAUCUGAAACUUAAAAGCAGAUCUAGUUAAUUUUUUUCUUCGUGUUCAUGAUAUAUUAAUUUUUACAGGUGUUUUCUCAGCCUCCCUUUUAAAUUUGGAAGGUAUAAAAUUUUCAGGAAGUAGUCCUUUUAUUGCAACAUUGGUCCUCUUUGUUUAUCUGUUGCUUGUAUAAAUUCAAACAUGUCAGUGUAACCUGUACGGUUUUCUGAG